AUGGCCUGUAUCCAUCUCUUAAAGUUCUUCCUGCUUCUGGCCCUCACAGCCACCUCCCAAGGCAAACACCUUGGCCCCACAUCUCACCUGCGUUACUCCAGAUUCAUAGAUCCUUCCAAUGCCAUUUUCCUGCGCUGGGACUUUGACCUUAAGGCUGAGGCCAUCGUUUUUGAGCUCCAGGUUCAAACUGCUGGCUGGGUAGGUGUGGGCAUUGCAAAUCGCUACACCGUUGUGGGAGGUGACCUGGUCGUUGGAGGAGUCCUGCCUGAUGGCAAUGUCUAUUUCUCGGAUCAGCACCUUGUGGAUGAAGACACUCUAGAGGAGGAUGGGAGCCAGGAUGCUGAGCUGCUGGGGCUAACAGAAGAUGCUGCCUAUACUACCAUGCGCUUUUCUAGGCCUUUCCGCUCCUGCGAUCCUCAUGACCAGGACAUUACAAGUGACACGAUUCGAGUCCUGACUGCCUAUGGCCUGGAUGACAUGCUAAAGCUGAGGCGGGAGCGCACUUUUGUCAAGUCCAUCUUCCUGCUACAAAUAUUCCACCCUGAGGAUCUGGAUUUCCCCGAGGACACCAUGGUCCAUGACUUGGAGAUCACUGAUUUCCUCAUUCCAGAGGUCGAUACCACCUACGCCUGCACCUUUCUGCCUCUCCCCAUCGUCAGCGAGAAGCAUCACAUCUUCAAGUUUGAGCCCAAGUUGACAGACCACAACGAGACCAUGGUGCACCACAUCCUGGUGUAUGCCUGCGGCAAUGCCAGCACCCUCCCCAAGGGGAUCAGCGAAUGCUACGGAUUCGACCCUGCCUUCUCCCUCUGUUCACAGAUUAUCGUGGGCUGGGCUGUCGGGGGCCUUAGUUACCAGUUUCCAGAUGAAGUGGGCAUCUCUAUAGGGACCCCCUUGGACCCUCAAUGGAUCCGCCUGGAGGUUCACUACAGUAAUUUCCACAACCUACCUGGUGUGUAUGACUCCUCAGGGAUUCGAUUGUACUACACCACUCGUCUGCGGAAAUACGAUAUGGGUGUCCUCCAGUUGGGCGUACUGACUUUCCCCAUCCAUUUCCUACCCCCGGGUGCUGAGUCCUUCAUGUCUUAUGGGCUGUGUAAGACAGAGAAGUUUGAAGAGGUGAAGCUGGGAGGUACCAGCACCCUUAAUGAGAUGUGCCUUGUCUUCCUCUUCUACUAUCCCCGAAAUAACAUCUCUAGCUGCCUGGGGUAUCCUGACAUCGGUCACGUGGUCCAGGAGCUGGGGGAAGCAGCUGCAGAAAGUCCCAUGGAGAACCUGAUGGUCAUGAGCAGUGUUGAAUGGACUCCAGAGAACAUUAAGGCAGCCGAGAAAGCCUGCAAGGAGGCCCGGCAGACAGUGAUGCUCAAGACUAUCAAUGAGUUGAUAGAAAACACCACAGGCUGGAUUCCUGACAUCAUCCCUACACCUCGGGGUCCUUGUUUGGAGUCCUCUGGAGGCAAAGUGGAGCCCCAGGACCAGACCCCUGCAGGCUUCCGGGCUGCACCAGUGGUCCUUUCUGGCUCCAACACUGCUACCCUGAGGAGCAUCCCCCUGGCUGCCCUCUUGUUCCUGCAGGGCACCAUUCCAUGGCUCCUUGCCAUGCUGCAGACUGGAAUCUAA